AGCACAGACAGGAUCGCAGACAAGAAUGUUCUGAGACUGAGUAACUACAGUAACUACAAGGCUACGGGUAUACUUUUUUUUUGGCCGGGGAAUGUUAUGUGGUGCGUAGCUAAACAACAGAGAGCAUCGUGAUUUUUCAAAAAUAAGAUUCAAGUCAGUUCGUUUUAGAUAAAUCAACAGAGCGCGGCAUGUAUUUACUAUGGAUGUUGCUGAUGGAGUUGUAGCUGUGUGUGACACGAUCUGUCGAUAACAUUUAUCUGGAGUUAGGAUUUGGAAACACUGCUUUAGAAUUUGUUGAGAAGAUGGAUUACGAUUUUCCCUUUUAAAAGAAGGCUGUUUUUAUAUAUAUAUCAUUAUUUGGUAACAUCAGUACCAAAUCCGCGGACACUUGUUGAAAUACCAAAAACGUCUGCAAAGAAGUUGUAGCUUGCUAGAAGCUUUCAAGCUAACUCGCGCGUCGCAGCUGCGUAUCACAGUAUUAUCAAUGAACGGAGUGAGCAAUCUAUUUUCCCCAUUUCUAAAACCAGCGAACAAUAAGAAAAAAAGAUCAGUGCGUGUCCACUUAUAACUGUAGAUAUUUUCGCAAUUUGACAAACAAAUUUACGUUUUCUGAAGCAUUUUAACCCCUAGCAAGCUAGGAAACGGAGCAACACUGUCAGUGACAGCAGCUUGGCCAGGCAGUAAGCUAGGCUAGUUUGGUAGCGUUACGUUACGCGAGCGGAUUGAGAUUCAAAUAAAUUGUUCUUCAUUGAGAAUAGCUCGGUUAGCUAGCCUAGCUAGCUAUUGCAAUCAAACAGGUAGCUUUGCAGUAUAUAUAAUGCGAUUAACCCAGAGGACUAACUUUGAUCGAUUAUACCACUAGAUAGCUCGCUAAGUUUUAUGCCUGUCGUGUAGCGGUAAAAGCGACAAUUCGUUUGUUUACUUAGUUAGCUGACUAGCUAGCUAGUCUGGUCACAAACUUGUGACAGCUGAGUGACAGCUACUGUAUCCAGCGUCGUUAUGUGGCCAUCGAAUCUGACGACUUUCACUACGUUUUUGUAACAUCAGUGAUGGAUAACAAAGAAAUGGACUAUUACAUCGUCAACAAUAACUGAUUCGUUUUUGGUGCGCUGUGCUUCAAAGAUUCGCCUCAAGUUCAAAGUAAAGUUUUGAAACUGCGGCCCACACAAUGUCCGGAUCACCGGGCUCGGGUGGUUCGAACCCGAGGAAGUUCAGUGAAAAGAUUGCGCUACACAACCAGAAACAAGCGGAAGAGACGCGGGCCUUCGAACAGCUUAUGACAGAUCUCACUGUCUCAAGGGUGCAGUUUCAGAAGAUCCAGCAGCUUCGUUUGUCUCAGACAAGGGCCCAGUACUACGGAGGCUCCCUGCCCAACGUCAACCAGAUAGGCAAUGCCAGUACCGACUUCCAGGGAGGUUUCCAAGCAGGACUGGACUCAGUCCGUGGGACGCGUCACCAUGGUCUGGUGGAGAGGGUCCACAGAGAACGCAACCGCAUCAACUCCCCCCACCGGCGACCCAUCGACAAGCACGGACGGCAGGUGGAGAGCUCGCCGUAUGGAAACGUGUACCUGUCCCCUCCACCCGACAACAACUGGAGAAGGGAGCAGCAGCCGUGGACUGAGGAGAAACGCCCUGGGUUUAGAUUAAUAUCACAGCUCAACAGAACCAAUUCGGACUCUGCGCUGCACACGAGCGCCAUGAACCCCAACCCCCAGGAUCCUUUCGGAAUGAACCAGCAGAUGGGCAGAGGGCCACCCCAGCGCAACGCCAGUGUCAACGAGGCUGAGGUGGAUGGCUCUGGUGAUGUGUUCUCCUUCCCCUCCCUGUCGAACGAGGAGGGGCUCCUGGGAGUCAGCAAGCCCCUGCCCAAGCAGCUGUGGGAGGCCAAGAAGGUCCAGUCUCUCUCCUCGCGACCCAAAUCCUGUGAAGUGCCUGGAAUCAAUAUUUUUCCGUCCCCGGAGCAGAACGCUGGCCUGUCCCACUACCAGGGCUCGCUGAACACGGGCGGCUCUCUCCCGGACCUCAGCAACCUGCACUUCCCCUCCCCGCUGCCCACCCCCCUGGACCCCGAGGACGGGGGCGCCUGCCCCAACUUGAGCGGGGGCAGCAGCACCGGCAACCUGCCCGCCGCCAUGAUGCACCUGGGUAUAGGAAGCACCCAGGGCCUGUCCUCGUCUCUGAGCAACCCUUCCAUCCAGGCCUCGCUCAGCAACUCCCAGCUGCACUCGUCCCUCAGCAACCCCUCCAUCCACUCGUCGCUGCGCCUGGCGUCUCUCUCCAGCCCUCCCCCGGGGGCCAUGAGCAGCUCGCCGCGGCGGCGCCCCGCCCCCAUCAGCCCCCUCACCCUCUCGCCCGGGGCAGAGCAACGCAGGGGCCUGGCCAAGCAGCUGUCCCCCACCAUGUCGCCCUCGCUGUUGCCCAUCACACAGGGUGUAGCUCUGGACACCAGCAGCAUGCCCAUGGAGCCCCCCCCUCCCUAUCCUCUCUACCAGCAGACCCAGCACACAGUGGGGCAGGGGGGGCAGCAGUGUCAACAACAACAACAUCACCACCAACAACACCAUCACCAACAACAACAACACCAUCACCAACAACAGCAGCAGCAGCAGCAGCAGCCAGUUUCCCCUCUCCAGAACCUUCCCCUGGACUUCAACUCCAGCCCUCACAACAACAUGGCAGCGUUCUUCAACGACCCCUUCAUGGACACCCAGUUCUCCAGUCGCCAGGCCAAGACCCUGUCCUACCAGUUGGACCAGUAUAACAUGCUGGAGAACGCCAUGAGCUCCAUGGCCGGGGGCUCCUGUUUCGACCCCUCCUCCUUCUACUGCUCGCAGGCCGCCCUCAUGGGACUGGGCGGUUCCCACGGCAACCUGCAGGACCUGCAGAUGAGGCCCAACAUGUUGUAUUCCAACUGUAGUGGAGGGGUGCCCAAUAUCAUCCUCACAGACGACUCCAACCCCAGCCUGUCUAAGGACAUCAGCAGCAUCCUCUCUGCCGUCCCAGAGUGCUUCGACUCCGAAGGCUUCCCAUUGGAGGACGAGCUGCGCAUCGAGCCCCUCAGCCUGGACGGACUGAGCAUGCUCAGUGACCCUGACAUGGUCCUGCCUGACCCAUCUGUGGAGGACAGCUUCCGCAGUGAUAGACUGUGAAAACAAUCACACACACACACACACACAAACAUCAACAGCUAAGACCACACACACACACACACACACACGUGUACAAUUGUAGAAGUACAUGCAUGCAGACAAUCUGAUCUUGGAGCCAUUGCUGCGCUCGCCCACCACUGCCACUGAGAUGAGACUAAUGUGAAUACGCAGACACGCACGCGCACACUUGCUUGCACACUCGCACCAUGACAGAGGAACAGACAUGUGAACAGACCCUGUUUACAAAUAACAUUGUGAACCUUUUCACACAUCCCGUGUAAUCAUUCACCGUAAGAGAUGUCUGCAGCACACAUCCUGUACAUCUGCUUACUCCAUACACACACACACACACGCACACACACACCAACACGCACGCAUACACACACGCAUACAUCCCUUUCCUCCAUGUGCAGCCUCUCCUCUGAGGCAGGCCUGGGAGCCUGUAACCUGCAGCAGUGCUGGUGUUGGAGCACGACAGCCCAGAGGGAGAGAGGUACACGUUCCCACUUUGUCCAUCUUCCUCCGCCACGGUCAAGCAGCUCUCCCUCUGAAGACUGGGAGACAGUCCCAGCGGGACAACCCCUCUCUCUGAGCGGGACAGUCCCGCUCAGAGAGAGGGGCUCGGCCCUGGAGCUCUCUGCGUGGUCGUCUCUCUGUCAGAUGUGCUGUUCCGGGUUAUAUAGCAGCAGGAUCCUGGGGCCCUCUAGGGGGAGAGAUGGGUGCUGUGAACCCCAGAGAGGCUGCCUGUCCUCCUGACAGUCUCCAGCGCUCUCUCUCUCUAUAUAUCUCUUUCUCUCUCUGUCUCUCUCACACGCACAAACACACACAUGAAGACACACCCCAUGCUGUGUGUUCACAGCCACGUGCAGGCAUGGCGAGCCCGGUCACCACGGCAACCGGCGACAUGGCAACACCGUUGCCGUGGUUACGGCCCACAGCAAGCCCAUCGCCAUGCAAAGCGGCGUCUCGGGGAGAGUGUGUGUUGGCAGCACCAAUGUUCCUCACUUUCUGACCCCCCACCAUCCCUCCUCCCCUGAGGACACAAAACCGUCACCAGCGCGGGGGGCCAGCACUGCUCUGAUGCCAUACAGUACUAGCAGGGCUGUGCCAGGCCAACCAGCCUGCCUUGUCCCCAAUACUGAUACAUGGUCAGGCUACAGCCAGGCCUGCCAAGGCCACUGAUGACCCACCAGGCAUGGUACACAUGAAGACUGGGAGGAGCCGUCAGUCUGGACGAAGCAUUGUUUUUUUACGUCUUUCCUUGCAUACACAGGCCUAGUAUAUUUUUUUUACAAAGUUGUUUGCCACAGAUAUAUAUAUAUAUAUACAUACAAAAUAAGUAAAUAUAUAUAUAUACACAGUAUAUAAAAAUGCCUCAUUAAUUGCAGUCUGACUAGAAUGUAUUUUUCCAACGAGACUAAAAGGGCAAACCGUUUACAAAGAAGUUUUAAUAUGACAACGAUACUUAAUAUUAGAGUACAAGUUUAAAAGCUUUUUGUUACAAAACUAAAAGAUAUUGUUGCGACCAGAUCUAUUUUCUUGUCACAACAUGAAUAGAUACAGUUGCCCCUGUCUGCAGACACCAGUAGACUGACCUCCAGACACUGUCUGGGGCACCUCUGGCUGUUAGUGGUGGUUAUGAGGACCUCUUCCCUUUUAAUACAGGAGAGUGGGUGUCUGGAAGUGCUGUGACAGCCUAAACCAUGGAAAGGAAAGGUUUGUUUUUAGCUUGUUUAUCUUUACGUGUAUAUCCAUUAUAUAAGAAACUGUUUAUUUUACCUUUUUUGUACUGACUUGUAAUGCGCUCUUUCUAUGUGUAUAGUCUUGUUGGUUUUUAAUGAGGGAACACUCUUUGCUAAUUGUGGAUAGAUAAUUUUCGCACUGGACUGACUCACUACCCCCUCUUCCUCUCUCCAUGCUGUCGUGAAGAUCCCAGUAAUGGUUGAAUCGAGACCUCAAAGAAUUGCUUUUAUUUUGAACACUUAAAAGUAGUUACUGUGGACAUCCGGUAUAAUAUUGGCUUGUAUGAUAUUUUUGCACUGAGCACAUCCCAUUCUGUGGAUUGAAUAUUAAUUUGAUAAUAUAUAUAAGUAUAUAUUACAGUAUAAAUAAAUACAUAUAUUUUAUGGCAUAUAUUUUACCCUAAAACCCAAAGAUCACUUUUUGAGAAUGAAUCAAGCCAUAGUCAGGACAGACUGAGGUGAGGCUUUACAUUGUCAUCUUAGUCUGUGUGAUAAUAUAUCAUGAUAAUAUAGCUAAAAAUACACAUACUUUAGGGAAUAUGGUUAAUUGUUUCAUAACCCAAAGGCCUCAAUGUUUGUUUUUCCCUAAUAACAUCGUUCAUUCAGGGCUCUGCUGUUUAGUGCCCCCUUAGGGUCAACUGAUGCAUUUUUACUUUAGGAUGCUAUGAGAUUUUAAAUGGAUUGAAACUUUAAGUGCAUUCUAGAGUAAAAAUAAAUAAAUGAGAUGGGGAAAAAUGUCUCCUCCCAGGGAAAGUAACAAACUUGCUUGUUUGGCUAUGCACUUUUUUAAUCUGUGAACAAGUGAAUCGUAGAGGCAGCCUGUUGAGCAGGCAACCGGCUAAAAUUAUGCAAUGAUCAUUUUUAUUAUCUAGAUUGUAAUUCCCUUUCUUCAGAUUUUUGUACAAUAUGUUUCUAUAACUGAAUUUUUAAAACAAGACCAAUAUGUGUGCGAUGUCCACAGUGAAGAGGCUGGAGAUGAGCGGAGAAGAACAGUCGUGUCUGAGUCCACUCAUUAGUUUCCUCUCACACACUGGUUCAGUCUUACUGCAGUGGAGACGUCCUCUACGUUGCAUAGUUGUACUGCUGCAUUGGGUGUUAUCUUUGUUCCGUCUCACCCAUGUCAGGUGUCAUAGCAGCUACGUCAUCAGAGUUGUGAACCUGGCGUGCUUGCUGUGCGAAGUGUGCAUGACACUUAUUUUUCUCUGGUGCUUGGGACACCUAACAUUCUCUCUGGUUCCAGCACUUUCUAUUCACAAAAAAACACGUCUGAAGCCUUGGACCAGCUCUGCGACAGGUUCACUUUGUUUUUUUUAUUUAAAAAAGUUUUGUAAUUAAUUUCAAUUACAGUACUUAUCAGUACAUAUCAGCUUUUUUACCUUGUAUAAAGGUUGAUAGCUUAUGUACUGUGUGCAAUGAGGAAAGACUGGGUAAAGCAUGUCUAGGUCUGGUCAUUCCAGUCUCCUGUUCUGGCCAGAUUGUUUUCCAGACCCAUGAAACCUUGAUCACUGCCUGAAUGCAUUUGAUAAUGUAUCCGUUCUUCUGAACCCUGCCUCCCUGCUAGUCUCCCAGCCUCCGGAUGGGCUGACCUCUGCUGCCUUACUUCUAAGAAUGUCCCUCUGUGACCUCUGACCCCUUGUGACACGCUACUUAUACUGUGAGUUUUUAUCCCUGUUCGAUUUUUCUCUGCUUUCGUUUAUACUUUUACUCUCUUGCUUAUUUUCAGGCUUGUAGGUUGGCUUUUUUCCCCCAGAUUUUAAUACCAAUGUUAGAGCUAAUGUUAUUGUUGUUGAUGUGUAGUGUUGUUGAAGGAUUCUUUCUCUCUUUUUUUGGCUUUGUUCUGUUUUUGUUUUUGUUUUUUGUUACCUUUUAAAGAAAAUGUACAGUUCUAUUAUUUAAAUAAUGUUUCUUGUCCACUAGUGUUACUACUUUUUUUGUAAUAUGUCAUUUUAAAUCUUCUCAUUUUUUCAAAUAUAAAAUUUACUACACCACAAGGCUUUUUGGUUUGUGAUGUAUAUGUUAUAGUGCUUACCUUUUGAUUUAAUAUAAACAAUAAAACCCUAUACUGUGUAUCAA